GUGGAUUGGUGGCUGGACAACAGAGCCUAGGACCAGCAUUCUAUGGUCCAGGAUUGAACAACCCCUUGGCCGUCCCUCUGAACCCCUUGGUGGCUCAACAGGCUCAGAGAAUCGCUGCCGCUAACCCCAACAUCAGAGUGAUUUCUCCUGACGAAGAGGACAGCUGGACACCAUAACCCACACCGUGGCUUGGUUGAUAGUACUCUCAGCUAGCAUACUGGGUGUCUGUGAUUCGAUUCCUGGCCUGUUGGAAACAUUGAGUAUGUUUCCUUACACCUGCUGUCCCUGUUCACCUAACAGUUGAUGCCGUGAUUGGGCACAUGAGCCAGGGGACAGGAGCUAUGAAUCGCCCCCUGCAACCAUAAUAAGCGUGUGAUCUGUGCCUUCCUGCUACACCAACACCACAGGAGGUUCAACCUGCGCUGCGGCAUUGCUGAUGGCGAGAACCCCUCAGAUGUGGGCGUCUUGGAGGUGGAUGCCGCCACUGCCACCAACAGCCUGGAGACUCAGAGACGUAGGAUGUGCUGUAUCUGACAUGAAAGUCCAGGAAUGGUGGGAAGAUCGACGACACAAGAAACUACACCUACGAGGGGAAGGUUCCUUCCCAGGAUCACCCUGGUGUGGAGAGCUGGAGUUCCUGGACGAGUUCAGAGAGGUGGCACAGACGGUCAUGUCCUGGCACUACACUGGUUCUCAUCCCAAUCAGUCUUCAGCAACCAAAGUCUGGAGAACUCCACCAUCUCCUCCACCCAGGGUGAUUCCGUGUGGCAUCCAGGCUUCCAGUGGCGCAGAGUGACCUAACCACGUCCAUAACGUAGCCAGAUAAGCGAUCUUCACGAGUCAGCGAUGAAGUCUGGUCAGCAGCCGUUCCAGAGAGUCUCCACAUCAAUGCCUGAGGCUCCAGUCGGCGAUGGAGUCUGGUCAGCAGCCGUUCCAGAGAGUCUCCACAUCAAUGCCUGAGGCUCCAGUCGGCGAUGGAGUCUGGUCAGCAGCCGUUCCAGUGUCUCCACAUCAAUACCUGAGGCUCCAGUCGACGAUGGAGUCUGGUCAGCAGCCGUUCCAGAGAGUCUCCACAUCAAUGCCUGAGGCUCCAGUCGGCGAUGGAGUCUGGUCAGCAGCCGUUCCAGUCUCCACAUCAAUGCCUGAGGCUCCAGUCGGCGAUGGAGUCGGUCAGCAGCCGUUCCAGUCUCCACAUCAAUGCCUGAGGCUCCAGUCGGCGAUGGAGUCUGGUCAGCAGCCGUUCCAGUCUCCACAUCAAUGCCUGAGGCUCCAGUCGGCGAUGGAGUCGGGUCAGCAGCCGUUCCAGUCUCCACAUCAAUGCCUGAGGCUCCAGUCGGCGAUGGAGUCUGGUCAGCAGCCGUUCCAGAGAGUCUCCACAUCAAUGCCUGAGGCUCCAGGUGCCGUGAACACUGUGUACUGUCUUCAAUCAACCAUUCAUCACAGCGAGUGAAAAGUGUGCCAAAAAGUGUGUCAAAGCCCGUGUGUCUUUCAUUUCAGGGCUCCGAGUUGCUGAAAAAACUCGUUUCAAUAAGAAUCGUGAAAAAAUCAUAUUAUGCCAUGAAAAACAGUGUUAAUUUCGAUUCAUAACGAGAGAAAAAAUCAACAGAAAAGUGAAAAAUUCAUUGUUGUAAACUACUGUAUUUGUAAAGUCACGGCACCGUGACUGGAGCAAAUAGUUUCGUCUUGGACCGAAACGUUGUCAAAAGUAGCUUAAGUACGAGUUAUUUGCUCCAGUCACGGUGCCGUGACUAUAUUUUCUGAUGAAAGUUAUUGUUGUGUGUAUAUUGACUGUAGUAGUGACUUAGGUCUUGACAGUGUCAAAGACAAGUCUAGUAGCAGAAUAUUGUGUCAGGAGAGUCUAAGAGACUUUAGAAGUUUGUUAUGACUUACGUAUCACUCGGUACAAAGUCAUAACAAACUUCUAAAGCCUCUAUUGACUCUCCUGACACAAUAUUCUGCUACUAGACUUGUCUUUGACACUGUCAAGACCUAAGUCACAACUACAGUCAAUAUACACACAAACUGUCUAUAUAAACUGUUUUGUAAUCUUAUAAAUAAAUUGCUUGA